CAGAGACUCUGUUUCCAGGACAGACCAGUGAGGCGGCCAGAAGAAGCACCGUUGCUGAAACUUUAUGUGGUAUAAUGCAGUUGUAUGGGGUUCAAACUGCCUCUCCUCCUCAGUAAGAAACAUUACAUAAACCCAUAUUGGGCUUAUUGUUUUCAGAAAUAACAGAAUGGCUGUUACUAUACAUUGUAGAGCUUAAUGUGGUUGCAAAAUGUUAAUAUCGUUUGUCUGUUCUUUAUUCUGAAAUGUAUGAUAUGAAUAAGUUUAUAUGAAGGACAAUGUUCACUACUAUGCAAUGCAGUGUCAGAGUGAAAUGACAUGAACUACCAUGGUAACCAGAGAAUCUCUUUGGGGAUCUCUGAACAUUCUAGAAUACGUAAUGGCCCUUUCAUAGCAUAUCUAGAUAGGCUAAGGAUAACUUGAAGAUGACAACGAUGGGGCUAGGGACAUGAUGGUCCCUAUAAAACACCAGUCUCUGUUGCUACUCCUCCCCCAGACCCUCUCUUUCUCCCUCCUGUCUACCUAUGAGGCCCCUGAAGACAAGGAGGACAUUUUUGCCAGAAGGGCCCGUCCUGCCUUCCUUGUGUUUGACAACACUGCCUACUUGGCUGACAUGACCAUAGAGCUGCCCUGUCACUGUAAGCCUGAGGAGAUCCACUCUGUGGUGCGAUACUACCAGAUACAGCUGGGCAGCCCGGAAACCAGGGACCUCACUGACUUCCAGGGCACCUCUGUGGUAGACUCAUCCAAAGUGGUCCGUGGAGGGCACCUCCGGAGCAGGUUCUCCAUCCGCCUCUUCAGCCUGCUCAUCUUCAGGGCCCAGAAGGAAAACUCGGGCCACUGCCUCUGUGGGAGGACCAAUGGGGGACUUCUUCUAUGCUUAUGAUGUGGACGCCCAAGAGGCUCACAGGGUUCCUUGGAGUUGUGCCCAGAUACGGGGGAGAGUAGCAGAGGUGGCAGCUAGGGCGGCUUCGAGAUCCAACCAGGAUCUUCCACUCUACUGGCCAU